UCGUCAGCGGCGGAUCCGCCCAUUUAAAAAGCUGGGGAACUAUUUUGACAGACGGGCUCGUGGAGCAGCGGACCAAUCAGGGCGCGCGCUGUGAGGCCGGGGUGUCGUUUCGUUGGUCGUGUCGUUGGUCCUCUCUCUGCUGUAAUGUGUUUGGAGGGUUCGGACACGCCACGCUCCUCUACUUGCUCUGAUUCUCCCCUCUUUCUGCUUAAACCCCGCCUUUUGGGGUGUGACUGACGGGCCAGCAGCCAAUAGCGCUCUCUGUUUGGGGGGCGGAGCUCCGCAUCUGACUGACAGUUCCCCCGCCCAAUCCCCUUCUGCUUAGUAGACGAGCUGCGCGGAGUGAUGUGCGAGCGCUGCUAUCAGAGCGCUGUGGACAGGACGCGCUGGACUCGUGUGUUCCUCCGCGGCCAAUGCGUGUUUGGAUACGGGGCGGGCUGAACGUUACCACGGCAAGACUGAGGGCGCUAUAAAGCCAAUAACAUGGUGCUACAGAGACUCGUGUUUACGCUAAGAAAAGAGAUCUGAAAGUCGCAGGGAAGCUUGUUAAUUGCGUCCUUUAUUAGUAUAAAUCGUUUCAGAGCUUUUUUUUUUCAGGGAAGCUGUUUUAAAAAACUAGCUUUGCAUUUUGUUUUUCGUAUGGAUGGGAUUGCCUAUCUAACAUACUAGCUAAUGUGCCACUUGUCCCAAUGGAAAGGGGGCUUCGGUUUGGAAUCGCGGGCAUAUCCCUUGUGCUGUUGUUGAUCUUGAGAGGGGUAACCGGGACUUUACAAACCAACUCCCUCUCCGGGAGAAAGCUGGAGGCCCCGGCAGCAGGAGAUGGAGCCGUUAUGGAGCGGCUGGAGAGCUCAGGGGCUCCGGGAGGAACGGGGGACGUGACAGUGGAGGACGAGAACGGGGCGACUGGAGGAGAGGGAGAGGAAACGUCUGGAGAGAGCGACUCAAACUUCCCUCACAACAGAAGGAGCCUGGUGAUCAUCAGCACUCUAGAUGGACGGAUUGCUGCUCUCGACCCUCUGAAUCAGGGGAGGAAACAGUGGGACCUGGACGUGGGCUCUGGCUGCCUGGUGUCAUCUAGCCUCAGCAAACCUGAGGUGUUUGGAAAUAAGAUGUUCAUCCCGUCUCUGGAUGGAGCGCUGUUUCAGUGGAACAGGGACAGGGAGAGCAUGGAGGCUGUUCCCUUUAGUGUGGAGUCUCUUCUGGACUCAUCCUACCGGGUCGGGGACGACACCGUACUGGUGGGUGGAAAAUCCCUCACCACCUACGGUCUGGGAGCCUACAGCGGCAAGUUAAAGUAUAUCUGUUCGGCGGUGGGCUGCAGUCGCUGGGGAGACGAGGAGACGGAGCCAGAGGACAUGCUUUUACUGCAGAGAACACAGAAAACUGUCAGAGCUGUGACGCCUCGCAGCGGCUUUGAGAAGUGGAACUUCAGCGUGGGGAACUUUGAGCUGAAGUACGUUUCAGAAGCUCAGUCUCAGCUCGGCUUCUUGGAGGGGGAAACGGGCAAUAAGGAGGUGUGGCACGAAAUCCAACCUGACGGUCAACGGGUAAUCCUGGAAGACGUGGAAUCUCAAAACCACGCCAACGCACACAUUCAGGGAGACGGCCUGAACCUGGUGAUCAAAGUGUCUGUUCCAGACUGGAAGGUCAUGGCCUUCAGCAGUGAGCCUGGAGGACAGCUCAUCUGGGAGCACCAGUUCUGCACACCCAUUGCCUCAGCCUGGUUGGUUGGAGGGGGGAAGGUGACGCCCAUUAGUCUGUUUGAUGACACCACCUACACUGCCCACCCAGAGCGCGAGCCUCAAGAGGAGGACGAUGACCUCAUGGAGGAGGCGCGUGAAGCCACAGAGUCCAGUGUAUAUUUAGGCAUGUUUCAGGGUCAGCUAUAUCUGCAGUCCUCAGUUAGAAUGUCGGAGAAGUUUCCAUCCAAGUCCAAAGCUCUGGAUGGCCGAAGUUCAAGCAGAGAAAUCAUUCCUCCUCCCACUGUCAAAUGGAAGCCACUAAUCCACUCUCCUUCUCGUACUCCGGUGUUGGUUGGUUCAGAGGAGUUUGAUAAAUGUUUGAACAAUGAUAAGUUUUCCUACGACGAGUACAGCAAUGGUGCACUGUCUGUACUGCAAUAUCCUCACGAUAAUGGAUACUACUUUCCGUAUAAUUCUCGCUACCGUGGUCGGCGGGAGGUGACUGCAGUGAGUGUGCUGCAUACAGAUGAGCCUGGAGGCCCCAGGGUGAGGAGAAAAGACCCAGUGCUUCUGUUACCCUGGUGGAAGGAGAUUUUGGGCACUAUCAUCUUUUGCAUUGCAGCUACCACAUACAUUGUGCGCAAGUUUUUCCACCCUCAUGCAGUACACAUACGGCAGAGGAAAGAGUCUGAGACGCAGUGUCAGACAGACAGCAAGUUUGAGCUGGAUGUUCCUGAACCCAGAGAGGUGGUCUCAGACGCUCGUCCCAGUGAAUACGUGUCCAGGUAUCUGACAGACUUUGAGCCAGUGCAGUGUUUAGGACGGGGUGGAUUUGGGGUUGUGUUUGAGGCACGGAACAAAGUGGAUGACUGCAAUUAUGCCAUCAAGAGGAUCCGCCUGCCCAACAGGGAGGUGGCUCGUGAGAAGGUGAUGCGGGAAGUGAAGGCCUUAGCUAAGCUAGAACACCCGGGUAUUAUUCGCUACUUCAAUGCCUGGCAGGAGAGCCCACCCCAAGGCUGGCAGGAGGAGAUGGACCAGCGCUGGCUUAAAGAUGCCAGCACCACAGACUGGCCCCUCAGCUCUCCUGACCAUGUGGAGGCGUUCUCCGUUAAGGUGCCCGUCUCCACCCCGUCUCCACUGGACUCCCCUGAUGUUUGUGCUCCUGGCAGUGAUGAGAGCCUGCUCCUUCAGGAUCACGUGUAUGUUGAGGGUCUUGCCCCGGACAGCAUGAUGUCCGAUCGGGACAGUCCUGCUGACCCUGUUCUGGAGCUCUCCGAGUCCCCGCACUCUUUUGAACUCUGCCCUCCGCGAUCUGUUGCUCAUGGUGACUGUACCUCCUCUUCCUUUGACAUUGUAUUCGAGGACUCGGGCUGCGAUCAGCGAGACAACGACACGGACAGCCGGACCACGCCCAUUCAGACCGUAUGCCCCUCCCACUCUAGCUCCAGAUCCCACCCUGCUGUUUCCUCAUGCCCCACCUCUUCCUCUCCUCCUCGGCCCACGUCUCUGAAACUGCCACCCUGCCCCUCGACCCCCAGCGCCCGGCCGCCCCUCACCCCUAAAGUCUACCUGUAUAUCCAGAUGCAGCUGUGCAGGAAGGAAAACCUGAAAGACUGGAUGGCCCAGCGCUCUCAGCCGGAGCACAGGGAGCACUCGCAGUGUCUCGCCAUCUUCCUGCAAAUCGCAGAGGCUGUGGAUUUCAUCCACAGCAAGGGCCUCAUGCACAGAGACCUGAAGCCCUCAAAUAUCUUCUUCACACUGGAUGAUGUGGUAAAAGUUGGGGACUUUGGGCUUGUCACUGCCAUGGACCAGGAGGAAGAUGAUGAUGAAGACCUGAGUACCCUUACGCCAAUGCCAAUGUACGCCCGCCACACUGGUCAAGUGGGGACCAAACUCUACAUGAGCCCAGAACAAAUGUCAGGUAACUCGUAUUCUCAUAAAGUGGAUAUUUACUCUCUGGGGCUGAUCCUGUUUGAGCUCCUCUGCCCCUUUCGCACACAGAUGGAGAGAGUCAGGACUCUCACUGAAGUCCGAGCCCUGCAGUUUCCUACUGCGUUUUACAAAAACAACGUUCAGGAGGCUCAGAUGGUGCGCUGCAUGCUCUCCCGCGUACCUGCAGAGCGGCCCGAGGCGUCCGAGAUCACGGAGGCUCCACUGUUCCAGGAGCUGGAGAUGCCCUGCAGGAUCCGACAGCGCUCUAGAACAUACAGCUCCUCGUCCACCGGUCGACCAUCGCGACAGAUUUCCAACUCCAACUCUAACUCCAACUCGUCCAGCUAAAACAGGCAUUCACACGAACAUGCAGACAGACAUCUCAUUCAAUGCUCUUUCUCAACAUACAGCGUGGCAUUUGGAGAUUUGGAAACUACUACUACUACAGAGGUCUUGUCCACAUCUGCUCUCCCGUUCUUGCAUUUUAAACGCACACUCUAAUCUCACCUUACAUUUUUUUUUCUUCUUUUAAACUGUGGCCAGUAGAAAAACUGAAGCAUCUCAGAUUCUCAGUCAUUCCGUCUUUUGUAUUUUGCUGACAGACAAACGGAUGCCUUUCGCGUGUCUCAGGCACUCACUCCAAACCAAACUCACUCUCCCCGCCCACUUUUACAUGCCUGCCCGUGUCACUGCCUGCCUUCACUUUGCCUCACUGCCGAGGAGGCCGCCGCCUCUCCUCCCGUCUUGACUCGCGUCACACACUCAGGAGAGAAGAUUUCUGCUGAACUAAACUGCUGGACUCUUUUACUUUAGAACUCUCUAUAACUUGACCGGCUCUCCAGCUCCCAGUCUCUGAAGCUCUACGGUGCACGCAUUACCAUCAUUUACCUCAGUUAAUCUCUCUCUCAUACUGUACACACACACAAACCAGCGAGCUGGUUAUUGUGAAAAUGGGUUGUUUUUUUCCCCUCUUUUUUUUGUUCCUCUCAGUGCUGAUGAUGAAUGCUUACAAACAAGCUGCCUUGGACCGCUGUUCACUCAGCAUGUCUUAAAGAAGAGGCUGUGCGGGACCUGCCUCCUCUGAAUCCUUUGAACUCCCAGAAUCCUCUCCACUGUAAAUAGAUAAAUUCCACAAGGCUUGAUUACGAUGAUGAUGAUGAUGGUUGGAGAGAGUGGAUGAAUGAACAGUGAAUUAGAGAGCUGGCUGUUUGCUGGCUUUCUGGAUCUGGAGCGUACCUGAUGAUCUUCGCCCAAUGAAGCACUUAAGGACUUAAAAAGGAAAGGAAUUUAAGUGUGAAUUAGACUGGAAGCAUUCAGACCUAAAAAGAGCUUAAAGGGCAUGAUUUUCAAGGUACAUCUGGCUGACUGAUUGAUUGAUUCAUUCAUUUGAUUAAUUUCAGGCAGAAUGUUUCAGAAGUCAACGCGAAAGAUUGAGAAUUUGAAGCUAUGGAUGUAAAGCUCAUUGUGUAUAAUAAUUCAUAAUAUUUCAUGAAGACCAGAAGGAAAAAAACGGGUUUAUAUACUGUAUCUCAACGUGAAUUUCUCUUUGGGUCGUAUGAAGGAGAGUACGUUUUUAGACCGGAGGCAUAGAAUGAGAUACAGCAAGAGGAAUUACCAAAUAUGUGACAUAAUACAUAAUACACACAAUACAUUUGUAUCAUAUAUGAAGUAAUAAUUCAAUCUAUGAGGGUUUGUAAGGGGUUUGAUUGAUUGAUCAAUGAGUAGGGGGCUGUUUAUUUCCCCCUCAAACGUCUUCUGCACAAAUGUUCCCUUAAGAACAAACUUUUGAGGCAUAAUUUUGUUGGAGUAUGGAGAGAGAGUGGGCCUUUAUUGCUUGACGAUAGUGAGUGUAUUAGCUCGGUUUGAUCAGGAGGAGCUGUUGUUAACAGUUAACAGCACUAGAUGUGCCUCUGCCCCGUAUAGGAGCAGCAGCAGUGUGCAUGUGUGUGCGCGUGCAGGAGAGCUAGAGGGAGAGUGGGGUCAGAUUGUGCUCAGCUCUUUGAAUGAACCUUAGAAUAUAUAUAUUAAACACUGCAGGAAGGACAUGAGAUUAUGACCUGCUAACACUUCAGCUUUCCCAAUGAUCAUACAGUCUUUGAUUACUUUGUCCCUAUGAGCACAACUACAGUGUUUCUUCAAUCAAUCAAGCAUGCCGUCAAUGGAGGACAACCAAUGAAUUUUCCUUUCUUUAUAUCUAAUGAUGUUGAUGUUCUUCAGUCCACGGUUUAACAUAUGACCAUUGACAUGAAUUAUUUUAUUAGGCUCAGUCUUCUGAUCUUUAGCGUUCUUCAUUAUAUGUAUCGCUGUAUUUUGAUGAAUUUCAGAUCAUGUUCAGUUCCGUUCCGAACGGUUCCACGUCUUCUACUUGUUCUCUGCGUAAACCCGGUUCUAACAAUACCCUGAUCUGUCCACUCUGCCAGCUUCCCUCUUGUAACCUAUGAUCUCCGUCUUUGGGCACAAUCCUCUCUCCGACGGUCCAUGUAAAUAUGUACUUGUUUUUAUUUAUGUCCUUUUCAGAAUCAAUCCUUUUUUUGGGUUGGUGGUAAUUGUAUAAGUACAGAAUAUGAAUGCACUUCAUGCCAUGGAGUGUGUUGGAAUAUUGUGACUUCUUACAAGUCAGAAUUUAAUAAACAUUCUAUGACCUUUGUUAAAA